UCCUCAAUCUGAACCCUCCACGAGGGCGCCGGCUGGGCAAUGGGCACUGCAUUAUCCCGGACAACGGGUAAUGCAUUGCUACUUGCUCCGUCCGCGGUAAUGCAGUGUCUAGCUAAGGUAAAGGUUUAAUUCCUUCCGUUCGAAAGCAGGAGGAAAUGAACCAUUUGCCAUGGGCGGAGGUGCCUGGCGGUUAGGCAUAAAACGCAAGUGGGUGGUUCCUCGGUAAACUAACCAAGUGUUCUCUGCUAAUGGACAACCAAAAGGACUCAGCCCGGGCUGUGAUGCAAACGUCGGUGGUAGACGUGACUGCUACCACGCGACUCGUUGAGUCAUUGUUUGCACGGACUGAGGCCCCCAUGCCCACUUUUGAUGGUGCCGGGUGGCUGAACGGGGUCAAAAUCCUGAAGUGCAUGGAUGACCCGACGAGAAAGUGUCUGACGCAAACGGUCUGCCAAUUGGAGGCGUUGUGGGAGGGGGCCAGCUGGAGGUGGUGGACAGGGAGCUAAUCCCGUCCAUUCCUAAGGCGAAGGUUCUCUUUCCCAUUCUACUGCAGCGGCAGAAUCCAGACAUACCAACCGCGGACUGGAAGGUUCUGCACCUUACGACCCCUUCACCCAAGGAGGGGGGCCAGAGUGCAGUCCACCAGAUAAAUAAGGAGGCGGAAGACAUCCAAGGUACGGGAAGACGGCGUGGGGCAUGGGGAGCGUGUACCUGCGCCUCAAAAAACGCCAUCCCAGGGAUAAGGAUGCUCACACCCUGAAGGCAGGCGAGGUGGAGAAGGACCUAGAUCUGGAAACCAUCGCGGAAGCCGCCCAGGGACUUCCGUUAGGCGAGAGGGAUGUUGAAGACGGAGACCUGACGUUGACAGUCAACCCGUCGAAUGGAUAUGAGCUCGGUAUCCAUGCCACUGAGGGUGCUGCAGCUCAAUCUUCAUAAAAGCGAAGAGCAAGGGUCCGCCGACAUAGCUUUGGUCCACGAGCCAUGGAUUGCCUCGGGCAAUGCCGUCGCCGGACUAAAGUCCUCCAAUUACAACCUCUUCUACACACCAUCGCACGGAUGACCUGACUGUUGUGAUGCUGGAGAGCGAGAGGAAUCGUCUUUUGCUAGCUUCCUGCUACAUGGCGCACGACAGAACGGCCCCACCGGAGGAACUCAGUAGCAUGGUGGAAGCCAUGGGUGCAGACGCGAACGCGCAUCACUGCGUAUGGGGUAGCCCCGACAUCAACGACAGAGAAGAAACAGUAAUAUCGGGACUUGGACCUUUGUCUUCCGGAAGUUACUUCGCCGAGCCAUUCUUUCCAUUCUUUAAACGUCAGUUUUCUCGAAACUAUUUCACAUUUGUACUUUAAAAACACUACAUAUUUGGACGUUUUUUUACAGAAAUUACAACGAAAUUUUUGUGAAAAUCAUGAAUUUUAGUUUUCGGAGCCUGUUUGACGGGGUAAUUUUCGAAUUUCGAAAAGUUUUUAGUUCAUCGACGACAAAAAACCCUCUCGAGUAGACUCUUUAGACUACAAUUGUGGCCAGAAUCACUUAUUAUCAUGAUGUCAGUGGCGACUCUUGAAAAAUUUGUCAAAUUAGAAUUUUCACUUUUGGAAAAAAAUAUUUUUUAAUUACCUCAGACAUCACUCUAAAUAAAUUAUAAGAAUAUAAAAAGAAUUAAUAUCCCUAAAAAGCGAAUGCAAAAAAGACUUUUUCUACAUCUAAUGGUAGUUCCCCCUUAGGCUGUUACAUUGGAUUUUCAACGAAUAUAGUAAGUUAUAUUUAAACAAAUCUUUUUUAAACUGUUGAAAUGUGUUGCAUUCUGUUUUCUUAUGUUUAUUCCAACGAAUAUGGCAAAGGUUUUCUGGACGCUAAGUACCCAAAACAAAAUGUCUUGUAGACUUUUUAGCAGUAAAUACUUAUUCAGUCAAUAUUAAGUGCCAGAUUUAUUACAUGCUGAUUUGAAUAAAUUUACAAGACUAAUAGAAAAAGAAAAAAAUAUCAGCCCAUUUUUCAAAAGUGUGGGCGUGGCAGGUUUGGGCGUUUUG